GGGCCGGGCUGGGCCGGCCGGGGCGGGGCGCGCGACUGCUCCGGGCGGCGAUGGCGGCGGACGGGGACUGGCAGGAUUUCUAUGAGUUCCAGGAGCCGGCCCGGAGCCUCCUGGACCAGGAGAACUGUAACGCGAGCCCCGAGGCCGGGGCGGGGGCGGGGGCCGGGGCCGGGGCUGGGGCGGGCGGGGGCGCCGACGGAUUCCCGGCCCUGGCCUGCAGCUUGGAGGAGAAGCUGAGCCUGUGCUUCCGCCCCUCGGAUCCGGGCGCCGAGCCCCCGAGGGCGGCCCUACGGCCCAUCACGGAGCGCAGCCUCCUGCAGGGGGACGAGAUUUGGAAUGCCCUGACGGAUAAUUAUGGGAAUGUGAUGCCUGUAGACUGGAAGUCAUCGCAUACUAGGACCUUGCACUUGCUUACUCUGAACCUCUCAGAAAAAGGGGUAAGUGACAGUUUGCUCUUUGAUACGUCAGAUGAUGAAGAGCUGAGAGAACAGCUGGAUAUGCACUCAAUCAUCGUCUCCUGUGUUAGUGAUGAGCCCCUCUUCACGGCAGACCAGGUUAUUGAAGAAAUUGAAGAAAUGAUGCAGGAAUCACCGGACCCAGAAGAUGAUGAAACCCCUACACAGUCAGAUCGGCUUUCAAUGCUUUCCCAGGAAAUUCAAACUCUUAAGAGGUCUAGUACCAGCAGUUAUGAAGAGAGAGUGAAAAGGCUCUCAGUGUCUGAGUUAAAUGAAAUCCUGGAAGAAAUUGAGACUGCCAUUAAGGAGUACUCUGAGGAGCUGGUGCAGCAGUUGGCUUUACGAGAUGAACUGGAGUUUGAAAAGGAAGUGAAAAACAGCUUUAUUUCUGUUCUUAUUGAAGUGCAAAACAAACAGAAAGAGCACAAAGAAACAGCAAAAAAGAAAAAGAAGCUAAAAAAUGGCAGCUCUCAGAAUGGGAAGAAUGAGAGAGGUCAUAUGCCUGGCACACGCUUCAGCAUGGAAGGGAUCUCAAAUGUCAUUCAGAAUGGCCUCCGCCACACCUUUGGAAAUUCAGGUGGAGAGAAACAGUAUUUGACUACAGUCAUUCCUUAUGAGAAGAAAAACGGACCACCAUCUGUUGAAGAUCUUCAAAUAUUAACAAAAAUUCUUCGUGCCAUGAAGGAGGACAGUGAAAAAGUUCCGAGCUUGUUAACUGAUUAUAUUCUGAAAGAGUAUGCUGAGCUGCUGUGGAGUGACAGAAGUCCUGCUCUUUUUCUGGGGCUGUGAGACAUUUCAAACAAACAGCCAUGCAGCCUUUCCCAUAGACGACAUGGGACCUGCUAUAGGAAGCUUUCACAAUUCCACUUAAACACCGGUGAGCAAACAGGGCUAUACAUAUUCCUCACUGCACUCAGCAACUGAGACGCCAUGACUGCCAAGGGCAGGGGCUCGGUUUGAAGUUUAAUGCCUGCUUGGCAUUUCAGCCGUCAUCUCUAGGGGUAUGAGAAACUUGAGAUGGUUUCUUAUUUUAUUAACGUUCUUAUGUGGAACUUACUGGCCCUUUCCCCAGAUACACACAUACCCAGUAAUAUUAAUAAUUUAAUUUGAUGUGAAUUUGUAAAAAUGAUGCCUUGUACUGAAGAAAUGUAGCUUUAAAGGGUAUAUGAUGUAGCAGAAAGUCCUUAGGGGAUGUAUUUUUUAAAGGAGAUUCAACAGUGGUCUGUUUAUAGCUCAUUCUUAAAUUGAUGCUUCUAAAAUGUAUGAAAAUAUACCUGUUUUUUCCUAUCAGCUCAAAGUCUCUUUGUAGUCAGGCUUCCCCUGAUUUUGCUUGGUAAAGUCUUUCUUCUUCAGCAUCGAACCACUGUAGGGUUUCCCACCACAAUCCUCCUGUGCGUAGCAAGUUAAUUUUGAUACUAGUUACGAGCACGUUUCUGACAGCAGGUGGGUUUCUUGUCUCCCUAAAAACAGCACCGCGAUGCUGCGUACUCUGGGAGACACUUUUCUUUUUGCAAGGAUUCCUUGGGAAAGACCCGCCUAACGACAGAGGCACGGGGACUUCUUGUGACACCAGAGGUUCAUUGGACUGAUAACCUUAAAAGGACAAUUUGUCUUUCGGAUCCCAGAGAUGGAAUCUUUUUGGAAGUUACACUGUGUGAUUUCAACUCACAAUGUUUAUUUCCUGCCAAGAAUCAGGUUGCAGAUAAUUCUCUUACAGCUUUGUGUGUUUUGAAGAAAACAAAAGCAAACUGUAGAGCUAUGGUGCACUCCAAGUGCCAUAUAUCUGUUUUAUUCUUCAGGAAAUUAGAUUUGUUUUUCUUUUACAAGAGCACAACAGGAACCAAAGUAAAAGAGUAAUAGAUACAGCACUCAGGAUAAAUCAUAUCUUUAAAAUAAUAAUAAAAAAAUUUACACCUUGUCCUAUAUCCUGUUAGUAUUUUCAUAAUAUGGCCAUGAUUGAAAAAACAAAAAGCAAGCAUCUACAAUUUUUUUUGAUAAAGACUUUAUGCCAGGAAUGGAUUAAUUAUCAACAAAAUUCAUACUAAUCAGGCUGAUGUCAAUCGAUUUUGGUAACAUAUCAUUAACAAAUUUAUUUUGGAAAAAGAUAAAAAUAUUGCCCCUUGAUAAUAAAUCUUUUUUUCCUUUGAUGCAAACAGCUAGAACACCUUUUUCUUUUUCUUUUUGAUAUUCUAAGACAAAAAAAUGGUUAAUCUUCAGAUUAAUAAAUUAGGUCAUUAUAAUAAUAAAUUAAUUUUUUUUAAAGUUCAGCAACCUCUGUCCAAGUAUUUACAACAAUACUUGAAAGUUCCUUUACAAAACAGAACACAUUUUCUUUUCACAUUAAGCAUACUGGGUAUCUGUGUCUUUCACAACAAGCAUUUUUAAAAGAAAACUCAAUGCACAAAUGGGUUAAUUAGUAUAAAAGUGCUAAGGGCUGUUUGAAAAGUUAACACUAUAGUAUACAGUCAGUUAUAUUUGAGGCAUACUACAACAAACUUCCAGCUUAUUGUGGACAAUAUUCCAGUAGUUGUUUCAAACCAUUGUUUGAAAAAAGAAAAAAAAUCCAGGAGCUGAUUAGUGAUGCAGAUAAGAACUGUCAUCAGUGUCUCUGGCCAGUGAGCAAAUUGAAAACCAACUGAAAGCAAAUCCAAAUGAGGAAGAUUUUAAUAAAGGAAUACCCUUCUCCAUAGCAGGUGCAAUGCUGACUGCUCAAGGCGUGCGUGCACACACACACACACAUACAUACUCACACACAUCUUUCCAAUUAAACUGCAGGUAGAAUGAGAUUUUGUGUUAUUCAAAAAAAUUUGUAAGUGAUCAAAGCAUUGAUAUGGAAUGCCUGUUUAUCUGCCUUUGUUCUGGUUAAAAUCUCAAAAAUACAUUCAACAGGAAAACAUAAAUUGUAUGUGUAUAAAUAUAUAUGUGUAUAUAUAUUAUAUACACAUGCACACAAAUACUUUUGUUUUUUGAAGCAUAGAUAGUUACAUAAAUACUCCUAUAAUUGCUAAAGUUUAAAGAGGCAUCAUUUUUUUUGAGCUUCAACAAAGGUGCUUGAAUAAUAUACAAUUAAAAUGAAGUAGUUUCUAUUUUGUAGAAUCAGUAUAUAAUUAAUAAGGAAAAAGAAUCCCCAAACAGUCUUUUUAAAAAAAGUUUCUUCUUAAGCUAGAGCUUCAACAAAAACUAUGAACAACCAACAAUAUAACAGAACAAAGCAACAACAAACAGUGAAAUAUAGCCCCUGGAAAUGCCUGGUGUUCGCCACCCUCUCCCUCCUUCCUGUCACGUUGUUGUAAGAAAAGCUCCAGUGCUCACAUCAAGAAAUGACUUAGAUCUUGUUCAUGUGCUGACUCUGCUAGGAACUGGCUGAUUGGCUUGGAAGAAAAUAAAAGCAGCAAAAAGUAUAACUGUAUAUAUCCUUAAUAACCCGCUUUAGAGAAAUGUUGCUAUCGCAUUUCUCUGGCUUCCUCACUGCCUACUGCAGCUGUGACUGUAUAGAAAAGAAACUUGUGGCUUUAGACCUGGGAUGGCUGUCAAAAGGUUCUGAUGUGCUCGUCUGGUAGUUCUAAGGUGGUUAUGGCAGCUGGGUCGCAAGGCCUUUUUUGUUUCCUGCUCAUUCAGGCCUGAGCUUUGCAGCAACCAGUGCAGUCUUCA